GUUAUAUAUCACAUCACCUUCCCCUGCUUUCAGCACUCCACACUCUCGCCAAGCCACACAGCCAGCCAGCGCCUCCAUCUAGCACCACUCCUCCAGCAAUGACGUCGUCCAGGAGAGCCCUCAUCCUGCUGGCGGUGCUGCUGGCGGCGGUGCCGGCGGCGCUGAGCCAGAAGUCGACGGCCCCGGCGCCCGAGGCGCCCGAGACGCCGGACGCGCCUGCGGCGGGGACGCCGCCCAAGGCGUCCGCGGCGCCGAACGUGACGGCGGUGCUGGAGAAGAACGGGCAGUACACCAAGUUCAUCCGGCUGAUGGCGUCGACGCAGCAGGACACGCAGCUGAACGCGCAGGCCAACGACUCCGACACGGGCUUCACGGUGUUCGCCCCCACCGACAACGCCUUCAACAGCCUCAAGCCGGGCACCCUCAACUCGCUCUCGCAGCAGGACCAGGUGACGCUGGUGCAGGCCCACAUCAUCCCCACCUUCUACUCCAUGGAGUCCUUCGAGACCGCCAGCAACCCCGUCCGCACCCAGGCCUCCGGCACCGACGGGCCCUGCACCGUCAACGUCACCGCCACCAGCAACAGCGCCGUCAACGUCUCCACGGGGAUCGUCCACACCACCGUCGGCACCGCGCUGCGCGCCACCAGGCCGCUCGCCGUCUACUCCGUCGACAAGGUGCUGCUGCCCAUGGACCUCUUCGGCCCCAAGCCCCCGGCGUCCGCGCCGCCGGCCCCCGGCAAGAAGCCCUCGUCGGCCAAGGGGGCAGCCAAGGCGCCCUCGGGCGACGACGAGGACGAGGAAGAUGCCCCGCCCGCCGGUGCCGCCACCGCCGUCGGCGCCGGAUGGAGGAGCCUGGUCGCCGUGGUGGCAGCCGCCACCGCCGCGUGCCUCUUGUAAGAAGAAGAUCAUGGUUCAUGAGACCGACAGAUCGAUGGAGACUAGCUGCGUGCGUGCAUGUUGUGCAUGGAUUUGGAUAGCUUACGAGUAGUUCUUGGUGGCUGCUGCUUCUCUUCUUUCUUUUGUUAAAUGUUCAGUUUUGCUGCUCUUUUUCUUCUUCUCUUGUUAUUGAACCGGCGAGAAAGUUUGGGCUAAAAUGUGACGAAAUGUUUCACUGUUGAAUCAAGCCGUCGUUGGGUGAUUAAAUUCUACUAGCACUGCAUUUUA